CACACAUACCAGGAGAAAGGUCUGAAUUGUUCAUUACACUGAUGUCCACUCACACAUUUCAGAAGAUUUUCUGCCUCGUAUAACUCCCCAGGACAACUCACAAGCUGGAGAACUGUGUCAGUUGAUGUAUUGGCUGCUUCACUACUUCACACUACUAGUAGCAGGACAUAUAAUUAAGGUAUAUACAGUAAUUGCCAAUUUCUGUAAAUAUCCCCCAAUUUUACAACCAGAAACACCAUGCAUUGUCUACGUAUGGUGGCUUUGUUGCUAGCUACAGCUGUUGUCUUUGGAGAAGAGAAUGACCCAUCCCUUCAACCAUUAUCUAAUGAAAGGCUGUCCAUUUUAAGAAGUGUUUCUACUACAGUUAAGUCAACUGAUUUCAAGACUUCAAAUGCUAAUAUAUCAAACCACAGUACAUUUCAAAAUAUAAUGUUUCAAUCUGGAAAAAACAGAGAACCUCCAAGAUGUGAUGGACAGAUUGAAAUCUAUAAUUCUUUCAAAUAUAUUAACACAUUGGUAUCAUGCCUGAUAUUCCUAGUUGGGGUUAUUGGUAACUCAACACUGUUGAGGAUAAUUUAUAAGAAUAAAUGCAUGAGAACUGGCACCAACUUGCUGAUUGCCAGCCUGGCACUGGGAGAUCUACUCUACAUCAUCAUUAAUAUCCCAGUCACCAUAUAUAAGCUUCUAACCCAGACAUGGCCCUUUGGAGUUGUAAUUUGCAAAUUGGUUCCAUUCUUGCAAAAAUCUUCAGUGGGGAUCACCGUUCUGAGUCUGUGUGCCCUUAGUAUUGACAGGUACAGAGCUGUCACAUCCCGAACUCGUGUUGGUGGGAAUGGAAUUUCUACAUGGAGUAUAUUGGAAGUCACUUUAAUCUGGGUUGUAUCAAUCGUGAUAGCCGUCCCCGAGGCCAUAGGAUUUAGGAUUUAUCACCUUGAGUUCAAUGGACAUAAGCUGGAGACUUGUAUACUUCACCCAAUACAAAUAACAUCUUUCAUGCAGUUUUACCAGACCUAUAAGGACCUGUGGCUCUUCAGCUUCUAUUUCUGCCUUCCUUUGCUUGUUACUGCAAUAUUUUAUACUCUGAUGACAUGUCAGUUGUUACAGAAGAAAAGUGGAAUGGGGAUCGCUCUAAAUGACCACUUAAAACAGAGACGUGAUGUUGCAAAAACUGUGUUUUGCUUAGUGCUUGUGUUUGCGGUUUGCUGGCUACCAAUACACCUCAGUCGGAUGAUUAAGUUUACAUUGUAUGACCCAGAAGAUACAAAGAGAUGUGAACUACUAAGUUUUCUUCUUAUAUUGGACUAUAUUGGUAAAAAUAUGGCUGACAUAAAUUCCUGUAUUAAUCCAAUUGCACUUUACUUGGUUAGUACAACGUUUAAAAGUGGCUUUAAGUCAUGUUUAUGUUGCUGGUGUCAACCCAAAGACCUAAUGAAUGUGGAAGAUAAGCAAUCCUGUAUAAAGUUUAAAGGUCAUGAACAUGCAUAUGAGACUAUCACUCCUGUAAAAAAGGCCUUCCUCUGUGAAACAGAAGAUGUAUCGAUUUAAUUUUGUUUAAAAUAAUAUUAAAUUGACCAAGAGCAAAUGUACAGUAAGAGGAUUAUAUAUCUGAGCCGGUCACCUGAAAUUUUAGUGCUCGUGUUACAAAUCCAUAAGAAAUCACUCACUACAUACAGUAUUGUACAAGCACUUAACUCUGACAUCCUCAUGAUGGGGGUAAUUCCAAGUUGAUCGCAGCAGGAAUUUUGUUUAGCAGUUGGACAAAACCAUGGGGGUCAUUCCGAGUUGUUCGCUCGCAAACUGCUUUUAGCAGCUUUGCACACGCUAAGCCGCCGCCUACUGGGAGUGAAUCUUAGCUUAUCAAAAUUGCGAACGAAAGAUUAGCAGAAUUGCGAAUAGACACUUCUUAGCAGUUUCUGAGUAGCUCCACACUUACUCGGCAUCUGCGAUCAGUUCAGUCAGUUUCGUUCCUGGUUUGACGUCACAAACACACCCAGCGUUCGCCCAGACACUCCUCCGUUUCUCCAGCCACUCCCGCGUUUUUCCCCAGAAACGGUAGCGUUUUUUCGCACACACCCAUAAAACGGGCAGUUUCCGCCCAGAAACACCCACUUCCUGUCAAUCACAUUACGAUCACCAGAACGAAGAAAAAACCUUGUAAUGCCGUGAGUAAAAUACCUAACUGCAUAGCAAAUUUACUUGGCGCAGUCGCACUGCGGACAUUGCGCAUGCGCAUUAGCGACUAAUCACUCCAUUGCGACAAAAAAAUAACGAGCGAACAACUCGGAAUGACCCCCCCAUGUGCACUGCAGGGGAGGCAGAUAUAACAUGUGCAGAAAGAGUUAGAUUUGGGUGGGUUAUUUUAUUUCUGUGCAGGGUAAAUACUGGCUGCUUUAUUUUUACACUGCAAAUUAGAUUGCAGAUUGAACACACCACACCCAAAUCUCUCUCUCUCUGCACAUGUUAAAUCUGCCUCCCCUGCAGUGCACAUGGUUUUGCCCAACUGCUAACAAAAUUCCUGCUGCGAUCAACUUGGAAUUACCCCCGAAGUUCCUUCGAAGUUUAAUAAAUCCGAAUUUUAAA